CGGGCCGGGCAGGGCUGAGCUCAGCCGAGGCGAGCCGGCAGAGCUCCGGGUGGGAGGGCAGCGCAGCCCGCAGCAUGUCGCGGCUCCGUGUCUGCAUCGUCGGCUCGGGGAACUGGGGCUCAGCCAUAGCAAGAAUUGUUGGCAAAAAUGUCCAGAAGUCCAACAGAUUUGAUCCUACUGUCAGGAUGUGGGUGUUUGAAGAGACCAUCAAUGGAAGAAAACUCUCAGAAAUAAUCAACCAAGAACACGAAAAUGUUAAAUAUCUGCCUGGAUACAAGCUACCCAAAAACGUGGUGGCUGUACCAGACAUAGUUGAAGCAACAAAUGGGGCAGACAUUUUAGUGUUUGUGCUGCCACAUCAAUUCAUCGGCCGAAUUUGCGAGCAGAUUGCAAGCCAGAUGAAACCUGGGACAUUCGGGAUUUCACUGAUCAAGGGGGUCGACGAGGGUCCUGAUGGCCUGAAGCUCAUAUCUGACCUCAUUCGAGAGAAACUGAAAAUAGAAAUCAGUGUGCUGAUGGGGGCCAACAUAGCCAAAGAAGUGGCUGAUGAGCAGUUCUGUGAAACCACCAUUGGCUGCAAAAAUGAAAAGCAAGGGGAAAUCUUUAAAGAAUUACUGCAGACUCCCAAUUUCAGGAUUACUGUGGUGCCUGACUCUGAUACAGUAGAACUUUGUGGAGCCUUAAAGAACAUUGUGGCGGUGGGAGCUGGCUUCUGCGAUGGGCUUGAUUUUGGCGAUAACACAAAGGCAGCAGUUAUUCGCUUGGGCCUCAUGGAAAUGGUAGCCUUUGCCAAGAUGUUCUGCAGGGGACAGGUGUCAAUAGCCACUUUUCUGGAGAGCUGUGGUGUCGCUGACCUAAUCACUACCUGCUACGGAGGACGCAACAGAAAAGUAGCAGAAGCCUUUGCUCGCACGGGAAAAUCCAUUGAGGAGCUGGAAAAUGAGAUGUUGAAUGGACAAAAACUGCAAGGUCCUCAGACCUCAGCUGAAGUCUACAAGAUUCUGAAACAGAAAAAUAUGCUCAAUAAGUUUCCAUUAUUUACAACCAUCUACAAGAUCUGCUAUGAGGGUCAAUCGGUCCAGGAUUUCAUCGCGUGCCUGCAGAACCACCCAGAGCACAUGUAGAGGUCCUAUCUUCUUCAUCUGGUUGCAUUCCCAUCUUCUCAGGACUUCUGUCCAUCCACUUCACAGCAAAUAGAGUAGAAAACCAGGUUGUGUGUCAACAUUUGCUGUAGAAGCAGCAACGAAUGUAUUUCAGUAUCCUCAUUCUGGGGGGUGAGAAAAAAAAAUGCCUUUAAUUUCAACCUUAUACCCAAGGAACAGGAAAUGAAUGUAAAAAAAUAUAACAGCAUUUGAAGUAGUAACUGGGCAUUUCCUUAUGAUUACUGUCAUGCUGAUUGAAAACAGUUCCCUUUGCCAUUUCCAUAAUGAGCUCCAUUUAGCUCAAGUGAACCUCAGCAUUUAUGAUUCUAUGGUUUUGCCUACUAGUCUUCAAAGAACAAGACGCAGGAGAACUGAAGAACUCAUCCAAACAGAAAAAUUAGUGUUAAAAUACAGAAGGUCUAACAGCAGUAACAUGGGCAAAUGCUGGGUUUCCUUAUUGCCCCUCAAACACAAAUAACAUUUUGUAUUUUGGGACAUUUAGUCCUUCCUUGAUUUUGUUUCCCAGUGUAAGCCUCUUUGGAAGAGCAGGCAUUGUUCCUGUGCACAGACACAUGUGAAUGUUCAGAUCUAUAAAUAACACAGUUUAAAGAGUGGGGAGGAGAAAGGAGGGUUGCAGGGGUGGGAGUGUUGUUUCUUUCAAAUUCAGGACACUAGGAAUCCUCAGCAGUAGUCUGGCCUCUGUUAAACUGUCUGUGUUCUGCUGACAUACAGAAUAACCAAAUACAGUGAAGUGAGUUAGCAUUAGGAUUUCCCAGCAAGUCAUAGGCUUUACCUGCUAGUGGCCGAGAGCGCAGAACUGGAGGCUGAGAGGGAGAAUAGAUGCACAACUUGCAGCUUGUGUAUGCUGCUGUUUAGAAGACAGAACAGUAACAUUGAAAAAAAAAUCCUCUGUGAUACUUGACUUUUUAUACAUGCAGGAAAAUGCCCGCUGCACACGCACAAGAAUCCUGUGAAACUGCAUCUCAAACCAGGCUGCAUUUUAACUGCACUGGGAAACUCCACUGGACUGACCCCAGUGUGGCUCCCUGCAUCUUUCCAGACCACAGACUAAUGCCUUGACCCUACUGUAGCUUCAGCAAUGCUUCUUCCACUCCAGAAGACCUCUUUGUUGACCUCUGAAUUUUAAAUACAAACCAGGUCACAUAUCAGAUUUUGUUAUUUUGCAUUAACUUUAGAAACAUGGAAGUUUUUAAACAGCUGUCCUGGGGUAACCUUACAUACCUGAUGUUUUUCAGAGUUAAAGCCAUCUGAGAGAUGAACAGUGGCACACUUUAUAUGCUUUAAUACUCUUUUGAAAACCUCCUAUUUUAAGACAAGGCAAACAAAAGGAAGAGUAACCUACUUUUGCUUUGCUUUAUCUGACUUUCCAAAACAGCAGAGAGGAAGGCAAAUAUAUAUAUUUUUUUAAAUCUAUGUAUUUGCUGACAUGUUGCUUAAGGGACAAAAACACCCAAGCUAGGUUAUAAAAGCAUCUCUGCUCUGCAUUUUAGAGGAAGGUCAUUGUUUUUUCCCAUUUAUUAGAGUAAUAUAUAAAAAAUUAUUGUAAUUAAGAGCAUAAUGUAAAAAAACUUGGUCUCACAGCUAGCAAAGCUGAUCCCUGCCAAAGAGCAGCAGAGGUGGCUUACCUCCUCCAGCUCUGACUCCAGUCACAGCCAGCAGCUCUGCGCCCUGCUGGGUAUCAUCCACAUUCCUUCUGCUGAAAUGGAAAUUGUGUGGCCAAAUCCUUUACAGGAAAUUACAGUCUUCCAUUUCAAGGGGAAAAAGGCUUAAAUAUUGCAUAAAUUUAAAGUAUGAAAUACAGAGUAUGGGAUAGAGAAUUCAAGAACAUCCUUACUUUGAGCUUGAUAGGGCUCUGGACAACCUGGUCUAGUUGAGGAUGUCCCUGCUAACUGCAAGGUGGGGGUUGGACUAGAUGACCUUUGGAGGUCACUUCCAGCCCCGACCAUUUUAUGAUUCACUGGCAGGCUGAACUUCUGGUAAGUCACCUAUGAGCUAAUCAUGAUAGAGAACGUUUCAAACUCUGUUUAAUGAAGUGAUCAAUAUGCAGACUUGAUGUAAUUUCAUUUUUCAAAAUACUCACAAAAUAAAUGACUUGUAAUGGUGA